AUGUUGAUCAAAGUGCGAACCCUGACCGGCAAGGAGAUUGAGUUGGAUAUUGAAAGCGACUACAAGGUCUCGCAAAUCAAGGAAAAGGUCGAAGAGAAGGAGGGUAUCCCCCCCGUUCAACAGCGUCUGAUUCACGGAGGAAAGCAAAUGACCGAUGACAAGUCGGCUGCCGACUACAACCUCGUUGCUGGAGAUACGUUGCACUUGGUGCUUGCUCUGAGAGGAGGAUGCUAA